AUGCGAAGGAGCUCAAGGUUUUAAUAGUAAGAUAGUAAUCAAAGGGAUUCUGAACCUGGGUAAAGAUUGUAAACUUAAGCAUCAUUAUAAUAAAAUAAAUGGAAUUCUCGCAUUCGAUAUUUGCUAUAUUGUGUAAUGCUUUUGAUACUUGCUACUUUAAUUAUAUCGAUUAUUGCAAUUAUCAAAAAUAAUGAAUAAUAAUAGGUAGUCUAUUUAGGCAUUUUACUCAUACUUUUGUUAACAACACUUUUUGGAUGUAUGAUGUAUAUAAAACAAUAAUUUUCAUAACUUUAAACGAAUAACAUUAGAAUCCAAAAUGAAAUUCAGAUGAAUGACUGGGUUUAUUUAUCAGCAAGUUACAUACUAUUUUAAUUUACGACAUAGUCAAAAUUUACUCUCAUCAGAUUAACAUAUUUAUACUGUGUAGUAGCAAUUUUCUUAUUGACCAGAAAUAUUUAAGAUAAGACUUAUUAUGCAUGUUAAGAUAGUAAAAAUGAUCGUCCUUAUGAGACUGAUCAUUUAGAUGAAAAUUAAUAUUAUGAUGAUUGCGUUAGAGAUAAGAUACCUGCUAAGUUUUAAGGACCCAUGCUGUAUGAAUUAGGAAUAUCAUGUGAAAUAGUCUUCUUCACAAUUAUAAUUUAUGAAGGCUUAAGCAUUUCAUAAAGAAUUUAUUUGGCGUGCUAAUAAUGUAUCUGGCCUUCAUAUUAGCACGAUCCCCAAAACCAAAAUAUUGCUUAAGUAACAAUUUAAAUAAUAGUAUUUUGUUUUAUCCUACUUUUUAAUAAUCUAGGUAAAUUUAUAGCUUUGUUGGUAAUAAUAAUUUUAACUCCAAAUGCUUCUUCAUAUAUUCUAAUUUCAUCAAAUUUAUUUUAUCAUUUUUUUAUGAUAAUAUUCACUUUGUCAUUAUUAUAUUUAUUUUCUGCAGGUAAUAUUAUAUCUUAGAUAUUUAUAGAAAACAGUUAUCAAAAUAUUCGUCUCCUAUAGUUCAUCGAUUAUUAAGUAUUAAUAGAUUAAAUUUUAAGGAGGAGCAACUAGUAAAAUAAACUAUUUAAACUCUUUUUAAUAACAUCCUUGAUAUUCACAAUUGUUGGAAUAUCAGAGUUUUCUAAUGAGAUGGAAAAAGAUGAUGUAAUAAUAAAUUAUGAUAUCUUCUUGGAAUAUGAGUGUGGAAUAACUUAAUUAAUAUUUCUAGGAUUGAUGCUUUUAAAAUAUUUAAUUAUUCCAUUUUUUACUGAUCAAUAUACCAGUAAUAUGAUAUAAGUAAAUUAAGAAGGAUAAAUAUAAAAUAGAUAGAACUAAUAAAUUGACGUACAAUAGUAGUAACCUCACCAAAGAGUAAAUGUUGAUCCCAUAAAUAAUGUUCAAAAUAAUCUACCAUAACUAAUACCUAUUUAAAAUGUCAAUAAAAAUUUUAUCUUCAAAGUAGAACUCAAAGAAAAAUCAGAUUGCACAAUUUGUUUACAAUAACUUACAUAUAAUUCUUAACAGAAUCCUAUAGUUCAAUUAAAGUGUCACGUUUCUCAUAUUUUUCACUAGCAAUGUAUUUAGAAUUGGUUGAACUAUACAAAAAAAUGUCCAAUUUGUAACACAGAAUUUUCAUGA